AUGGACGCCACGCCAUAUCCACUACACCAACCACGUGUUCCUUGCGUUGUUUUGUCCUCACUGUGCUUUCCACUCUCAUGCACUCUCCCAUGCCACCACACCACUCGCCAUUCAUCUUCUCUCGCCUCCCCCAUGCGCCCACACCUCCUCUCCCCUUUCCCUUCCCAUUCCCCCCUUAUUCCUGGCACGCAGGGUCUGGCGCUAGCAGGGGCGGGGGAGUGGAGGAGGGCGGCGGAGGUGUUUGAGCGCGGGGCGGCGCUCUUCCCUUCCGCCGUGCAGCUGUGGCUGGAGGGCGGCCGCGCCUUCAAGGAGCUGGGCGCCGUGCACCCCGCGCUGCAUGCGCUCGAGCGCGCCGUGGCUCUGGAGGAGUCUACAGUGGCAUACCACCGCUUGGCAUCGCUACACCAACUAACGGGCGAUCACAGGGCGGCGAUGGAGAGUGCGCAGAGGGGGCUGCGGGGCAACCCGGGUGACAUCGAGCUCAACCACGUCGUGGCCUCCGCGCUGCACGCCCUCGGCCACUUCCCCGCCGCUCUGAGGCAGUACGACCAUGUGCUCACCCUCAGUGCGGGGGACACACCGGGAGCCUUCCACGUGCUGCAGUUCAUGGCCUUCUAUCAGAGGGAGAUCGCAGCCUACACCGUGCGCAGCCUCGACGCGCCCUUCACUGCCUUCCGCCUCGACCAUGACCUUGAUCUCAACUUCCGCGAGGCGUGGGUGAAGAAGCUCUCGCCGUGGACGCUCUUCCCCGCCUACCAGCCCAUCCGCCUCACCCUACCAAUCCUCUCGGCAGCCUCCCAAGCCUCGCUGCCGAGCCUGUCAAAGCAGGCGCUCGUUCUGAUUGGCGAGGCUGACAGGAUCGGGCAGCGCACGCAGUACCACGUGGAUGGGUUCUUCCCCAACCACCGACAGUACCGCAUGGCAGGGCUAGCCAUGCUCGACAUCAUGCAGCGAGUCGCAUCCACGUGGCAAGCCAUGGCCUCUGCCACGUCAUCACAGAAUAGCAGCGCGUCUUAUGAUCCCAGCAUCGUGAGGUGGAGGCAGAUUGCCGAGCCCACCGACACCGUCGCCUGGAUCGAUGCUCUCAAGAACGAGUUUGAGGGCGCGUUUGGGUCCAUCACAGCCAUGGCGGUGGGCCCCUCGCGCAACCUCAAGUACCACCCGCUCGCCCCCCGCGCCCUCGCCCUCCUGCGCUCCUGCCUCCUGGCAACCCGCCUUGCUGCCAACGCUGCUGGCUUGCCCCUCCCUUUGCCAACCAGUCGGCUGCCUGAGAUCGAGAGGGCGGAGUCAGUGGGCGAGGUGCAUGCGGUGGUGGGGGAGAACUUCUUUGUCACCACCGAAUGCCACAGCCUCGCCUUCCCGGGCAAGGUGCUCAACGGCACGCAGCUCACCGUCGUCCACUCGGGGGCGGGGUUUGACUUUGCCAUCCGCACGCCCGUCACGCCGCCCCGCUGGAAGCAGUUUGACGCCGAGCUGACUGCCGCGUGGCGGGAUCUGUGUGCCGCUGUUCUGGACCGUGCCCCGGAGACAGCUGAUGCCACCCGCUAUCACCAGCGCAUUCAGGAGAACAUUCUGCGGAUUGGAUACUAUUGGUACCAGUUGAUGCCGUUGACGAGAGGCAGUGCCAUGGUGGGGCUCAUCGCUCUGCUCGGCCUCUCCAUGGCUGCCGGCAUGCUCCCCACCGCCCCCAUUCCACGCGCCAUGCAGGUGGACUGGGAGGCCAUCCUGGAGCCGCACUUUGCGGCCUUCAACGCGUCGGUGGCGCCGUGGCUGUACGCGCCCGCCACCGUGCUCGCUGCGCCCUCCCACCUGCCGCUCGUGGCCCACGUGCUACCCACCACACGCCACGUCAUUGCUGCUCUCAACCAUCAAGGCUAA